ACCACGUCCACGAUACAGUAACAUAUCGAGCCAUCAGCAUGGGACGACACGCCAAUCCUGACAUCAGACGCGCCUUUCAAGAGUUCCAGGACAGCGACACGCCGUCCAAGUGUAAUAAGGUGCGAUGUCUGCACUGCGGCUUCGUGCGCGCGAAGAACACGACCCGCCAGAUUGAGCACCUCCAGGAGUGUCAGGCCUACCUCAACUCGCCAGAUGCCCAGGUGCACCUCGUACCAAAUGCCCAAGGCACUCCCCUCGAGCAGACCAUGCCGCAGGCCAGCUCCCAAGGCCCCGGCAUCCUCAACGGCCAGCACCCAAACCCGAAUCUGCAGGUCCAUCGUCGCGGUCCCAACACCAAACGCUCGCGCGACGGCCAGCCCAUCGCCCCUCAUGUGCAGCUGCACCAGGCCCCGAUCGCGCCCUCGCUGACCGCACACCUCCUCACCAUCUGCCAUUCGCAGUUCAACCAGGCAACCCAGCAGCCCUUCCUCUCCCACGCCGGCUGCGGGUCGCUCGCCCCCGGGCCUCUCUCGCAAUGGCUGGUCCAGGACGGGCACUAUGCGCGAGGAUACGUGCGCUUCGUGGGACAGCUGCUGGCUAAGAUCCGUCUGCCGCAGACUCAGAACUCGCAAUUCCACCCCAUGUACCGGACAAUGGACCUUCUGAUCUCUGCCCUCAACAACAUGCGCCGUGAGAUGCAGUUCUUCGAAAUAACCGCGACUAAAUACGGUCUCACCCUCAGCCAGGACCCGCCUACGCCCAUUACCCGCGCUCUCCUGGAUCUGUUUGUAAGUGCCAGUAGUUCAAGCGCCUCUCUUCUUGAGGGCAUGGUGGUUCUGUGGGGAACUGAGCAUUGCUACCGCUCAGCCUGGCAGUAUGCCUCUUCCUUCAGCACUUCCCUCUCCACACCCAGCACCGAUUCCCACAUCAUCGCCCUCCACCAAGCCCUGAUCCCAAACUGGACCUCCCCUGCAUUCAGCAAGUUCGUGGAUGCAACCCGAGCCCUCGUGGAUGAGCUUGCUAACAUCACCACCACACGUGAUGGAAAGGAAGAGAUGACGCGCUGCGAAGAGAUCUUCCGACAGAUAUGCUGGCUCGAAGAACGCUUCUGGCCCGAUGUUGACGGUAUGGGCGAGGAAGACGAGAGCGCUCGGCUUGGCCCUACAAGUCUCGGCCCUACAAGUCUCGGCCCGAUCAGCAGUGGGGUUGGUGGCAUGGACAGCGGUAUGAACGGUCCUGGAAUGAAUGGUCCGGGAAUGAACGGCUCAAUGAACAACUCUGGAAUGAACGGGCCUGGAAUGAGUGGCCCUGGGAUGGGUGGCUCUGGAAUGAAUGCCCCGGGGAUGAACAACCAAGGUAUGAACAGCAGCAGCAUGAACGGUCCAGGCAUGAACGGUGGUGAUGGCACGCCUGUGGGUGAUGGUCGAAACAGCUUCGGUCUUCCGAAUGGCAGUGGCCUUGACGGGGUUGGCCAGACCUCCUAACCAUCAGCGCCGUGGAUCUCUUUGCCCUGGUGGCACAUCGAAGUUACGCUCAUUUUGCUUUAUUCCCUGCUCUAUUCCCCCGCGAACUGGAUGGCCUCUUUCCAUCCCAUGAUUUCCUACAGAUCAGCGUCAAGGGCGGUGGCUCCCUGGUGGCAGUGUUGUAUUUCCUGGCAGUGGGUAUUUGGGAUAUCAACUUGUAAUGAUUUAGGGCGGUUGCCUUCUGUAUGUAUGGAACCUUUCUCUCCUACGCUGGGAUGAUAUAGGCUAUAUGGAUAUGUUGUACGUCCUGGGUGUUUUGCUCUCCAAAAUACUUUUUAUUAGGACCGUGUACAGCAAGUACCCCAAUG